UUACCUAUGGCAAAUGUGGCUGUGAUUGACUAUACGUUGGAGUUCCUAACAGCAACCGGAGUGGAAGAAACCUUUGUUUUCUGCUGUUGGAAGUCAGCUGAGAUAAAAGAGCAUUUACAAAAAUCCAAGUGGUGCCGCCACACCUCUCCCAACACGGUGCGCUUUGUGACUUCUGACCUGUACCGCUCCCUUGGGGACGUGCUACGAGACGUUGAUGCCAAGUCCCUUGUUCGCUCUGACUUCAUUCUCGUCACUGGAGAUGUGGUGUCCAAUUUCAAUAUAUCCAAAGCCCUGGAAGAGCACAAGUUGCGUCGUAAGAUGGAAAAGAAUGUUUCUGUGAUGACAAUGAUAUUCAAGGAGUCCUCACCUGGUCACCAUGCUAGGUGCAAAGAGGAUGACAUUGUUAUUGCUAUGGACAGUGCCACAAACCGUGUCCUUCAUUACCAGAGAACCCAGGGGCUGAAACGCUUCCGCUUCCCUAUGAGUCUGUUCCAGAACUCUAUUGAGAAUGUUGAGGUGCGCCAUGACUUGCUGGACUGUCAUAUCAGCAUCUGCUCUCCACAGGUGGCUGAGCUGUUCACAGACAAUUUUGAUUACCAGACACGGGAUGACUUUGUGCGUGGUCUGUUGGUGAAUGAGGAGGUCCUGGGGAACCAGAUCCACAUGCACGUAACGACAGAAGAGUACGGUGCCCAUAUAUGCAACCUGCUCAUGUACGAAGCUGUGUGCUCUGACAUCAUCCGGCGCUGGGUUUAUCCUUUGACUCCAGAGAUGAACUUCAGUGAUGACAAGAAUCAGAGUUACACCCAUUCUAAACACAAUAUUUACCGGGGGGUGGAUGUUAGUCUCGGCCACGGCAGCGUGCUGGAAGAGAACGUACUCAUUGGGCAAGGAACGGUCAUCGGCAGCAACUGCUCCGUAAAAAACAGUGUUAUUGGGCAGAACUGUAGGAUAGGUGAUAAAGUUGUUUUGGAUGGAGCUUUUCUCUGGGACAGAGUACACAUAGCAGAUAACGUGGAGAUCUGCCAUUCCGUUAUCUGUGAUGAAGCUGAAGUGAAGGAGAAAGUAAAGCUAAAGCCCCACUGUGUCCUCUCUUCUCAGGUAGUGAUCGGUCCUGGCAUCACUCUUUCAGAGGGCACAGUGAUCUCUUUGCACCCACCAGAUGAGGAGGAGGAUGAUGAUGACGAGUUCAGUGAUGAUUCUGGUGUGAACAAGGAGGAAAGCAAAGUGAAACUGAAAGGUUACAAUAAAAAGGAUGUAGGUUCAGAGGGCAGAGGCUACCUCUGGAAAGCAGAUGACAAGAAUGAAGAGGAUGAAGAGCAGAGACAAAGCCUAUGGGGCCCAGCUAUAAAUUCCGAGGAAGAGAGUGAGUCAGACAGUGACCUGAGCAUGGGCUCUGAGGAGCCAGACAGUCGGGCAGCAUCCCCUCAGCUGGAUGACAUCAAAGUUUUCCAGAAUGAGGUUCUGGGCACAUUACAGAGGGGCGAAGAAGAAAACAUUUCCUGUGACAACCUGGUCCUGGAAAUCAACUCCCUCAAGUAUGCCUAUAACAUUGGCUUGAAGGAGAUGAUGCAGGUGCUCAGUAAAGUGAUCCUGGAAUUCCCACUGCAGCAGCUGGAUGCAAACCUGGACUCCCAGAACUAUUUCUCAGCAUUACUUCCUCUGUUGAAGAACUGGACCCCGUUGUUUAAGAACUACAUAAAACGGGCGUCAGAUCACCUGAAUGCCUUAUUUGCCAUUGAGGAAUUCUUCCUGGAACAUGACAGUCUCUGCACAUCGAUAGCUAAAGUGUUGAUGACAUUCUAUCAGCUGGAAAUUCUGGAGGAAGAUGUAAUUCUCAAUUGGUUCUCUUUGAGGGACACGUCUGACAAGGGAAGGCAACUUCGUAAAAACCAGCGGCUCCAGAAGUUUAUCCAGUGGCUGGAGGAGGCAGAGGAAGAGUCGUCCGAUGGCGACCAAGACUGACAUGGUGGCUGGGCAUGAGAAGAGGCACUCUCACUGCCUUUCUGGGCCGAGUGGGCAGGGCAAGAUCAAUGCCAGUGCAUGGUGUGUAGAUGUGGGCCCUGACAUCGAAGUGACUGACAAUCCCAUCAUUCAUUAAGUUGCGUGUUCCCAACUUUGCCACUUCCCUCCCUCCCUCACUCGCCCAGUGGCACCUUAUGUUGCAUG